AUGGAUUCAAGAAAUCCAAAUUAUUCUAGAUUACCAAAUUUCCCAACAAAUCCAAAUAAUCCAAAUUCUUCUACAUUACCGAAUUAUCCUAACAACCAGUAUUAUUCAAACCAUCCAAAUCCAGAUAAUCCAACAAUUAAUCCAAAUUCUUCUAGAUUGUCAAACUAUCCUAACAAUCAGUAUUAUUCCAACCAUCCAAGUUACCCAAACCAUCCAAAUUAUCUACAUUCCAAUGUUCAUCCUUCUGUUAGCCAUCACCAAUAUAUGGUGCAUGAUAUGACGCCCACAACUUAUGCCCCAUUUCCUACUCAAAAUCCAUCAAAUUACUUGACAAGUAUGCUAAACAAUCCAAAUUAUCCAAAUGUAGGAGAAUCCCAAAGUCAGCAUAAUGCGAGUGGUUCGACGACCGUUUUUUCGCUUAGUGACAUUAACCUUAAUGACAUGGCGGAAGAAGAAAAUAGAGAAGAAGAAGAUGAUGAUUAUGAUGAUGAUGAGCCAACACCAACUCAUACAAAUAAAGGUAAAGGGAGAGCGAAACGAAUAAGUUGGAGCAAGGCCCAAGAUAACCUUCUAGUAAGCGGGUGGCUCAAUUAUGCUCUUGAUAAGAUACAUGGGACAAAUCAAACCAGUGAGGCAUUUUGGGGUAAGAUAGUAGACUACUACAAUAAGCAUCGAAAAGGAUCAAGCGAUCAAAGAAAUGAUAAACAACUCAAUUGUCGUUGGGGUAAAAUUCGGCCCGCGGUAGCAAAAUAUUGUGGAUGCAUUGAUCAGGCAAAACAACGGAAACAAAGCGGUGAGAAUAACUUAGAUAUUACUGCUCUUGCUAAUGAGAUGUAUCAUUCUGAUAUGAAUGAGGAUUUUAAAUUUGACUUUGCAUGGGAAAGAUUAAAUGGUCAACCUAAAUUUAUGAAUACUUUUGUAUACAACAACGAUUCUACAACACCCCUUUUCGAGCCUCCAAAUCUAUCAGGAGGUGAAGGGAGUGAGAAAAGGUCAAGGCUCGAUGAGAGCAGAAACUUUUCUUGUUCGUCAGCAGAAAGAACACCAACUAGUGUCAACCCUCUUAUAAGGCCAGAAGGUCAAAAGAAAGCAAAGAGGAAAUUGAAGCUUAGUAAAGAGGAAACUAUAAAUCCUUUACAAGGAAAACUUGCUAGUCUACAACAUUCAAACGAAGAAACUGCAAAGGCGAUGAAGGAAUUCGUCGAAGUCGAACGAAUUAGAGAGGAAAGAAAAAAGAAAGCACAAGUUAUGAAGGAACGAGAACUGAAAUAUCGAUUACUACAAGCAUUAUUAAGUCGAGAUAGCUUAUCGGAUGAAGAUGAAGCUCGUAAAAAUAAAUUGUGGAACGAAUUAAUGACUGUGUAA